AUGGCAUGGCGGGCAGCAGGUGGUGUAGAUGGCCAGCCACCUCUAUCAACUCUUGGCAACCUCACACAGCUCCUGGCCUCACACAACUCCUGGCCACCCCACACAACUUCUGGCCACCUCAGACAACUCUUGGCCACCUCACAAAACUCUGGCCACACACAACUUUGGCCAUCUCCACAACUCUGGCCACUGGCCACCUCACAUAACUCCUGGGCACCUCACGACUCCUGGCCACACAACUUCUGGCACCUAAUACAGCUCCUGGUCACCUCACACAACUCCUGGGCACCUCUAACAACUCUUGGCCACCUCACACGACUCCUGGCCACCUCACACAAUUUCUGGCCACCUAAUACAGCUCCGGGCCACCUCACACAACUCCUGGCCACCUCUAACAACUCUUGGCCACCUCACACAACUCCUGCCCACCACACACAACUUCUGGCCACCUCACACAACUCCAGGCCACCUCUCACAACUCAUGGACACCUCUCACAACUUCUGGACACCUCUCACAUCUCCUGGACACCUCUCACAACUCCUGGACACCUCUCACAACUCCUGGACACCUCUCACAUCUCCUGGCCACCUUACACAUAUCCUGGCCACCUCUCACAACUCCUGGACACCUCUCACAUCUCCCUGGACACCUCUCACAUCUCACAGCCACCUUACACAUCUCUGGCACCUCUCACAACUCCUGGACACCUCUCACAGCUCCUGGACACCUCUCACAUCUCCUGCCACAUCUCCUGGCCACCUCUCACAGCACUCCUGGACACCUCUCACAACUCCUGGACACCUCUCACAUCUCCUGGACACCUCUCUCACAUCUCCUGGCCACCUUACACAUCUCCUGGCCACCUCUCCCACAACUCCUGGACAUCUCACAUCUCUGGACAGCACCUCUCACAUCUCCCGGCCACCUUACACAUCUCCUGGCCACCUCUCACAACUCCUGGACGCCUCUCAUAUCUCUGGACACAUCUCCACAUCUCCCUGGCCACCUCUCACAACUCCUGGACACCUCUCCACAGCUCCUGGACACCUCUCCACAUCUCCCUGGACACACGCACAUCUCUGGCCACCUUACACAUCUCCUGUGCACCUCUCACAACUCCUGGACACCUCUCACAUCUCCUGGCCACCUCACGCUCCCCGGCCUCACACUGCUCCCAGCCACCUCUUUACAAACAGCUAAGCCAAUACACCAUUCCCUUUUCUGUGAGGGAUAUUUUUAAUGGGGCAUAA